AUGGGAACCUUGGAGGGACACCUGCUGGCAGCAGCGUUCCUCCUCUUCUACGCACUCUACUAUUCGGUGCUGGUGUCCCUGGCCCUGCUGCGGGAACAGAGGGUCCUCAAACUCCCUCUGCCCCCAAGGGAGAAGCGAGGACACAAGUUGUGGCAGCGGGUACCACUGGAAGGAGUGAUAAAGGUGUUCGUCACCCUGACUGGCAUCCUCUCCGAGUUCUUCUACCCCCCAGGAGUAAACCGGCUGAUGUUAAUAGACUGGGAUGACCCUCGGCAGCCAUUCAUGUUCAAGAACAGCUGGCAUCACGUCACUAUAUACGGGUUCUUCCUGCUCAGUGGCGUCGUGGACAUCAUGAGCCAGUCAUGUUGGUCACGGCAGAACGUGAAGCUGGAGCGGGCAGCUGAGGCCCUGGCCUUCUACAUGAUGGUGUUGCUGUUUGCAAACCACCUGGAGAACAAGAGCAUCCUGGAGAUCCGAGUGCAUGUCCUGUUCCUGGUGCCCACCUUCCUGGUUGCCCUGGUGCUCACCAUUGAGGUCUGGGUCCCUGACCAGCCCCCACUCUGGGUGCUCAAGACCUGGAUGGGGCUGGUGCUUGGCUCCUGGAUGCUGCAGCUCUCCAUGCUGUUGUACGCCCCUCCCUCCGGACAGCCCUGGCGGGCAGACAGCCCCGUGGACCUCGCCUUCCUCACCAUCUUCUUCUGCUGGCACCUGGGCUUAGGGGCUGCCGUGCUGGCUGCUGUCUAUGGUCUCUGCAGCCUCUGGCACCAUCACUGCUCCUCCUGGACAGAGGCCCCAGGUGCCAGGUACCAGGAGUGCCCCACAGAUUCCAGUGGUGAAGAGCUGGAGAAGCUCAGGGAAGAUGCCUUGCUGCAGGAUGGAGUUGUCUAG